AUGGGCAACAUCUUCGACUGCCAGGUCGACGCGUCGGCGGCGCGGUCGUCCGCGACCGCGGGUCGCGUCGCGCGACCGCGACCGCGGGCCCCGGUCGCGUCGUCGUCGUCCCCGGGUUCUGAUGAGGCGCGAUACAAUCCGCUGUGCCGAGACGCCGGCGUCGGCGGCGACGCGGAGGACUCGGACAGCGACGAGGACUUCUCGUUCGAGGCGGAGCGUCAGCGCGCGCGCGUCAACAGGCUACGCCGCGCGAGCGUCGAGCACGCGCGCAUCCUCGAGGAGCUCGAGGAUCUGCAGCGAAUUAAGAUCGCGCGCGAGACGGAAGCGCGACUCGAGCGCGAGAUGCGCGCGUCGUGGCGCGCGCUCGGGCUCGAGGACACGCUCGCGUGGGGGGAGACGACGGAGAGGGCGGAGGCGAAUCGCGCGGCGGAGAAGGCCGCGGAGGCGAUAGGCGACGCGAUGGAGGAGGAGGAGGCGUACGACGAGAUAUUAGGCGCCGCGGGUGGAGGUCGCGGCGGUUUCGGCGGCGAUCGCGACGACGGCGAGACGUCGUCGUCGAUUCGCUUCGCGCGGCACGACGACGCGUGGGCCGCGUUCGAGUCAAACUGCGACGACAGAAGACAGCUCACGAUCGACGAUAUCCCGUGGCCUCCCGCGUGCAAGGACCUCCUCGCGUCGUUGGCCGCGCGGGAGAUGGCGGCGGACGCCGAGGCGCGGCGAAGAGACGCGGCCGGCGGCGGCGGCGGCGGCGCGUCGUCGUCAUCGUCGUCGUCGUCGUCGUCGCGUCUGAGCGGCGCGAACGCGUGGCGAAUGGCCGCGUACAAGCGCGCGUUCAAGAAGGCGACGCUCCGAUGGCACCCGGACAAGUUUGAGGCGAAGUACGGCGCGCGGUUGUCGACGGCGCCGGCGUCGGCGUCGGCGUCGACGGCGGCGUUUUCUUCGCGUCGUCGCGACGGCGCGUCUCCUCCCCGCGCCGACGCGGUCGACGCCGCGGUCGGCGAGACGCACGCGGAGGCGAUCAUGAGAAGGGUUGGGGUGAUAUCCCGCGGGCUGAUCGACUCGUGGGGCGCGCUGUCGAGCUGA